AUUGGUGAAGAGGAAUUUCCGUAUAACGGUUCCCCGAGAAGAGCACGAACCAACACGCAGCUGGAAACACGGUCGAAAAGCGUCGUGUCUGGGCAAUAAAUAUUCCUGUAAACGCAUUAGUGUGGAGUGUAGACGGUGAAGGGUGAUGAGGAUGAAGAUGAUGAAGAUGAUGAAGGUGAUGACUGUAGUGAGUGUGUUUGUGGCCCUCGGUGCGCUCGCGCCUGCUCUGGGAGGCCAGCACUCUCUGUACUACACCUACACGGCUCUGUCCAACCCGAUGAAACUUCCCGGAAUCUAUGAGUUCACUGCACUGGGAAUGCUCGAUGACCGAGAACUCGACUACUACACCAGCGAGACUCAGUCUAAGGUUCCUAAACAGCACUGGAUGAGAGAGAAGAUGCCACAGGAUUACUGGGAGAAAGGCACUCAGUCCCGCAAGAGCAAAGAGCAGUGGUUUAAGGUCAACGUGGACAUCCUGAUGGAACGUAUGGGACACAAUAAGACUGAGCUUCAUGUUCUUCAGUGGAGACAUGGCUGUGAGGUUGAAACUACAGGUGGAAAAAUUAAAUUUGUGAGUGGAGUUGAUGAGUACAGCUACGAUGGCACUGAGUUCCUCUCCUUCGAUGAGGAAAACUCGAGGUGGAUUGCUCCAGUCCCAGCUGCUGAGCCGACCAAAAGGAAAUGGGAUGAAGUUCCCAUCCUUAACCAGUACACCAAGGGCUAUCUGGAGAAAGAGUGUGUGGACUGGCUUGAAAAGUUCAUGGAUUAUGGAAAAGAAGAAUUGAGAAAACAUUCUCCACCAGAUGUACAUCUGUUUGCAAAGAAAUCAGUAACUGACCCCAGCAAGUUGACCCUGACCUGCCUGGCCACGGGAUUCUACCCUCCAGAUAUCGAGAUGCGUUUGAGGAAACUCAGAACUUCUCUACCUGAACAUCUGGUAACAUCCUCAGGAGUCAGACCCAAUGGUGACGGCUCCUACCAGCUGAGGAAGAGUGUGGACAUUGUGGAGGAUGACAAAGCACUGUAUGAUUGUUAUGUGAACCACGAAACCCUCCGGGAACCAAUAAUUAUUCCUGAUGGCAAAGGUAUUCCGUGCCCAGACUGUACUGCACCAAGCACUCAGAGCUGUAUCAUCGGUGGAGUGGUCGGAGUUCUGCUCACACUGGCUGUGGUUGCAGGCAUUAUCUUCUUCCUUAGAAGGAAGGGAAUAAUCAGUUCGGGAUGUAACGAUGGAUCCCCAGCAAACAGCACUGUUCAUGUGCCGCUUGCAGCUCCUGCUACAGUGUCUGCUGCAGUGUCUGCUACACAGGGACACAGCGAUACUGGAUCAGACAGUAAAGGUGCUAAAGAUUCUGACAGCACAAGAGACUCUGGAAAAGGCAGUGGUAGUGGAUCAUCAGACAGCAGCCAGGAGAAUAUUGAUGAGACAUCCAAAAUGAUAUAAACCUCUGAAUUAGUCUGAAUACUUCUGUGUUUCUGAUUGCCAAGAGAACCACUGGACAUCACACACAGCUUGGAUUUAAUGCUUUGGUGCUGCGUUCAAAGAUCACUCAGAUUCAGAUUUGACCCAAUCAAUCACAUAAGCCCUCAAAUACGUCGCAGCACUGAUUCAGUUUGCUGUUUGUCAAUAUCCAGUGCUGUUUAAGAUAGGCUUAAAGAAUCGUCCUCAUGGCUUUGUAGCACUGCUGUAUCUCAUUUACAUGUCUUCUCUUACUUUCAGUUUUUUUCUCCUGUCUUCUCAAAAGGACAUACAAAGACAGAACCUUAUUUUUGUUUGCGUUUUAUAUACAUGCUGUAUAUAGGAACAUGCAGAAAGAUCUAGCUCUAUGUGUGAUCUGUAUUUUCAGAUGCGUAUUGAUGACAGCUCAUCAUUCGUACACAGUGAGUGAAGCCCAAAACAUCGAUCAGUUUAAAAAUGAGCAGCGCUAAUCUGUCGAAUCCAGUCAUUAGCAUUUCAUUUCAGCUAAAUAAACAGCUUGAGAACCACCGCAGCUUCUGACAGAACCCUUUAGAGGUCAGCUGUACAACAGUAUGAGCUUUCAGAGAGAAGGUAUUUGGUACACUGCUGUGUACAGAGAUGAGGAGAACGGCAUGCAGAGAGAAUAUUGAGUAAGUUGAAGGAACGUUGGUUUUUGGAGUGUUUUUAGACUUUUAUUAUAGACUUUUAUUUUACUUUUAUUAUAGACUUUUAUUAAUAUUAUAGACUUUUAUUUUGCCAAGUCACUUCAGGUCACAUCAUUUUAACAGUUACUGAAAUCACAGUAUAGAGACUAGUGUAGAUGUUUUAUAUCACAAUUUAACCAAACUCAGUGUUUUCCCACUGUUUCAUAAUGACAACUGCUCAAAACAUAUAGGUGCUUUCAGUGAACCUUUCAUUGUGUGUGUGUGUGUGUGUGUGUGUGUGUGUGUGUGUGUGUUUUAAUAGCAUCAACUAAGUAUAAUCUGCUAAGUUGCCUAAUGUAUGUAAAAUGGCAAAAUUGCAAAGUAUUUUAUUUUAUUUUGAGUUUGUAUUAUACUCAUUUUAAACAGAACCACAAAGCUGUAUUAUGAGUGGAUUAUGAUUAUUUUUCAGGUCCUAUUUACUUUGUGUAUUUCCUGAAUAAAGUCUGCUUUUUGGCCUGCUUCAUCCACAACUUUAUAUGUGUCUAUUGAUCAAAACAUUACUCUUGGACUUUCCCCAGUUCAUAUUGUUUUUGGAAAGACGUACCUUAAUCAUGCAAAAAAAAAUUG